AUAGCAAUAGGUGUUGCUCUGAAAUUGGAUUUUAUUAUCAUUACCUAUCGGUGACUGAGUUCUCAGAUAUGAUAAAGUGUGAUAAAAUGUAAAGUUAAGCAUUUUUUUUACAAAUUAUAAAUUGACCAGUGCAUUUUGGGAUUUUAAAAGUGGAUAUUAGUGUUGUGUAAUAGAUUAAGUGUUGUUUUAAUUUUUAAAAUGCGUGAAAUUGUGCACGUACAAGCAGGUCAAUGCGGUAAUCAAAUCGGAACUAAGUUUUGGGAGGUCAUAUCAGAUGAACACGGCAUCGACCCAACGGGGGUCUAUCGAGGGGAGAGUGAGCUGCAACAGGAGAGACUCAAUGUGUACUACAAUGAAGCUUCAGGGGGUAAAUACGUGCCCAGAGCAGUUCUGGUGGACUUGGAACCGGGUACCAUGGACUCAGUGAGGUCAGGUCCCUAUGGACAACUAUUUAGACCCGACAACUUUGUCUUCGGUCAGAGCGGAGCUGGCAACAACUGGGCAAAGGGUCACUACACCGAAGGCGCGGAGCUGGUGGAAUCAGUACUGGACGUCAUACGGAAAGAGGCAGAAGGAUGUGACUGCUUACAAGGUUUCCAGCUCACCCACUCCCUGGGCGGAGGAACUGGUUCAGGUCUCGGCACGCUGCUGCUGAGCAAGAUCCGCGAGGAGUUCCCUGAUCGGAUCAUGAACACCUUUAGUGUGGUGCCGUCGCCCAAGGUGAGCGAAGUGGUUCUGGAGCCGUACAACGCCACGCUAUCCGUGCACCAGCUGGUGGAGAACACAGACAUGUCGUUCUGCAUCGACAACGAGGCGCUCUACAACAUCUGCUUCCGAACCCUGCGUCUCGCCAGCCCCAGCUACGGGGACCUUAACCAUUUGAUAUCGAUGACGAUGUCUGGAGUGACGACGUGUCUGCGUUUCCCGGGACAACUGAACGCGGACCUGCGCAAACUCGCAGUCAACAUGGUCCCUUUCCCGCGCCUGCACUUCUUCAUGCCGGGCUUCGCGCCGCUCACCGCCAGGAACUCCUUCAACUACAGGCCGCAGAACGUCUCCGAGCUGAUGAGUCAGAUGUUCAACCCGGGCAACAUGAUGUCUGCGUGCGACCCGCGGCACGGCCGCUACCUCACCGUGGCCACCAUGUUCCGCGGCAGGAUGUCCAUGCGGGAGGUGGACGACCAGGUGCUGGCUAUACAGAACAAGAACUCCAGUUACUUCGUGGAAUGGAUCCCCAACAACCUGAAGGUGUCGGUGUGCGACGUGCCGCCGCGCGGACUGAAGAUGUCGGCCACCUUCAUCGGCAACACCACCGCCAUACAGGAGAUCUUCAAACGCAUCUCCGAGCAGUUCACCGCCAUGUUCCGGCGACGGGCUUUCCUCCACUGGUACACCGGCGAGGGUAUGGAUGAGAUGGAGUUCACGGAAGCUGCCAGCAACAUGGCUGACCUGAUCUCCGAGUACCAACAGUAUCAGGAGGCGCAUGUGGAAGACGAAGAAGUUGGCUUUGAUGAGGAAGAAGAGGAAGAAGUGUUUGAAGAGAAAGAGAUGGUGCAUCGGCCAUUAUAAUGUGUAAUAGGUUUUUAUUUAAUUGGGUAUUUAGAAAUCAAAAUCAUCAUAUUCAAAGGUAUACCUUUGAAUACUUUGACUAUUUAGACUAUGGACCUGUUUCGCACCCAAGUUCACCAACAAAAAGUCUGUCGUUUUUUGAUGGGGACUCACACAAACCGGCAUUUUAAGGAGCCCUUUACACGACGUAAACGAUUACAACAAUGAAACAUCGGUUCUAUAGCAACAGUUUUUAUAAACGCCUUAGAUCAUUGAUUUUUGAUCUUUGCCAUAGGGAUUGCGGUUAGUGAGGCAGGUCCUGUUUAUUAAUGGUCGAAGUUUGAAUAUGAUGAUUUUGAUUUUAUGUUAUUUUAACAUUUUUCAAUUUUGUUAAGCGUGCCUUUGAUGAUGUGUAUUUAUUUGCUGUAAGCCUGUAUCUAGUGUUUUAGCGGAAAUUUUUAAUAAAAAAAAAUAUAUAUUUUACCUAUGGAAUAAAUUAGUUUUAUUUUUGUCUG